CGUCCUUAUUCAGGAAGUAAAUACGGAAAAGAAAAUUAUUUUUGGACCCAUUCACCAGUGAGGACGGGAUACUGAAAACAAUACAACACUAUUUUAGGUUCACUUUCCAGAUUUUGUUAUAGUUCUAUGAACCAGAUACGUGAAAACGUUUUUUGCAAUGGCAGACAUGAAUCCACUACCAAUUAGCCGCAAAAGAAAGUCCGUUUUUGAGGUCGCUGAAAGAAGAAGACAAGGGGAAAAGGAGCGAAGCAAAACUAAAGUGAUUCUUGGAGAUUCCUUCCAGCGAUGGCGCGCACUGAAGCAGACGAAGGGUCUAAAGACGGACGCGUUGGUCGCUAAAUUUCUUCUGGACAGUUAUGAUAAUGUCACGUCUGCCCCACAACCUGAAACUCCAUGGGUGAGACCCCCGCAGCCUCUAGUUUCCACUGUUGUUCAGGAAUCGGUCUCAGACAGGGAUGCAGAUUUUUUUGUGUUGUCCAGUGACAGCAGCAGUGAAGAAGAAACUUCUGCACCACAUAAAAAAGCUAGACCCUCCACCUCCAGAAAUGAACCAGAUGAGGAAGAAUUCAACAGUCUCCAAAAUACUAUUAUCGACUGGGAUGAUGAAACCUGGACUCCAGAAAUGGAAACACAAAGACAGUCUUCCUCUGAAGAGGAUGAGACAAAGGAGUUUGACUACAUACCACCAAUUUGUCUGCGGGCUGGAGGUGCAUUGAAACAACAGUUUUGUUUGGACACAUUUCCACAGAUUCACAUGGAUGAAACGGUCCAUGAUGAGCCUGACGACUGUGAAACAGUGGAAGAUGCCGUUCCUCCUGACACUGCUAUGGCUGUCACUGAGGAAGAUGUUUUGGGACAAAAAGCAUCCAUCAUCUAUCAUGAUGUCUUGAAGCAGCUUCUAGACUUUUUAAUCCUACCUGUGGACAAAUGCACAGCUGAUGACCCUGUCACAAAGAUGCCCUGCAAUGCAGCAAAACCCUUUGAAGUUUCAUUGAGAAGAAGAUGCACAGCUGUAACUGCAGAAUGGAUGUGUCCAAAUGGGCACACCGUUUGGAAGUGGAGCUCCCAGCGCUACUAUAAAAGUGGUAUGCUGGCAGGAGACUUCAUGCUGGGUGUUAAUGUCUUAUUGUCUGGAAAUGACUUCCGAAAAGUGGCGCUUCUCUUUAAAUUUAUGAAUAUGGGAAUGAUUGAUGCCAGAACAUUCCACAAGAUCCAAGAUGGCUUCUGUGUGGAUAACAUUGCCGACUUCUGGAAGAAAGACACUGAGGGGAUCAUUAAUGAGUUAAAAGAGAAAGAUCCUGUUGUGUUGCUUGGUGAUGGUCGGAUGGAUAGUCCAGGAGUUUGUGCACAAUACUGCACGUACGCCAUGAUGGACAAUGAGACAAAGAAGAUUGUUUACAUGCACAGCUCUGACAAACGAGAGACCCGAACAAACUCUGUCUCCACGGAGAAGCACUGUUUCCUAAAAUGCAUGGACAAAAUCAUGAAAGACUUGACAGUCAAAGAAGUUUGCACUGAUGCACAUUCUCAGAUAUCUUCACUGUUCAAGAGUGGAGAAUACAAAGACAAAGGAAUAAAACACUCACUGGACGUCUGGGAUGGUGCUAAAAAUCUCAGCAAAAAGAUUUUGGCUGCUGGACGUCAAAAGGAGUGCUCCUUGCUGCUCACCUGGAACAGGGAUAUAACAAACCACUUCUGGUACUGCUGUAAAAGAGCUGAAACAUAUGAACACUUCAUGGACCUGUGGACUGGACUUUUACAUCAUGUGACUGGUGUUCAUCAGCGGUGCUUUGGCUCUUGUCGUCAUGACCCGUUGGAAAGCGAAAGGAACAAGCCACUGAUUCCAGAGGGCUCUGUGGCUCACCAGCGGCUGCGUGAUUUAAUGAUGGAUUCACGAUGGCUGAAGACUGUCACAAAGUUCCUGUCUUUUAGGUCCACUGCAGAGCUGGAGUCAUUCCACAAUCAUGUCUUGAUGUACGCUGGAAAACGCUUUGCAUUCUCCAAGAAGGUUUAUGAGGCACGAGUCUACUUGGCAUCGCUGGACUACAACAAUCAUCUAAACAGAGGACCCAGGAGGACAAAGGACGGCUCCACACAAAAGGGAAAGCUUUACAACAAGAGGACAAAGAUGUGGCGUUUGUGCACAUACAAAGCCCCAAAAGAGUACAAAUACAUCCAUGAUCUGCAGGCACUUAUUCUGCGAUCAAGGCUUUUGUAUCAAAGAGGAAUGGCUGAUAGUCACCCAUCAAGACCCGAUGAUCCACAAAGACUUGGGCCUCUAGCAGACGACAUUACCCCGACAAUACAAGAGCUGGACCAGCAACAGGUCUGCAGAUUGCUAUGUGUCCAGCUCCACUCUCUGAGUUCUGAUCUGACUCUGCAGAUUAAAGAAGAAUACGACAUCAAACAGGAGGAGAUUCAGCUGCAAGUGUCUGGCCCAGAGUUUAGUGCUGUGAGUGUGCAGACAGAAGAGUCCUCACUGCUUCAAGAAAUAAAAACUGAGCAGAGAGAGGACACACAGGGAGAGGACAUCAAAACAGAGACACAGGUCCACAGUGAGGACAUGAAAGCAGAGACACCGGUCCACGGAGGGAGGACACAGAGCAAGGAGAGGACAUCAGAGCAGAGACACAGACUGGAGACCUCCAACCAACUGUUCAGCUGCACACAUGGACACAGGGGCUGA